AUGAGUCAAGGAAUCGUCGCCGUGUUGGCACUGUUCGUCCUCACCGGGCAGCUGUGUUCCGGACUAGGGAUUGGAACAAUAACGGUGGCUCCGAUUAUCCCAAAAGUUACAGUGCCAACUGUCGCUGUGACCCUGCCUACCGUAACGGUUCCUACCGUAACGGUUCCUACCGUAACGGUUCCCACCGUAACGGUUCCUACCGUAACGGUUCCUACCGUAACACUUCCUACCGUAACGGUUCCUACCGUAACGGUUCCUACCGUAACACUUCCUACCGUAACACUUCCUACCGUAACGGUUCCAGCUAUCAGCGUAACAGUGCCAAAGGUCACGAUUCCUUCCACCAUUACACUUCCGGUGACGCUACCAGUGACGAUACCUACGCUGGCCGUAACGACUCCGAAUUUGGCGACGAUCGGAGUUACCGUUCCUACGGUGCUCAGCGUGCUGUCUACGUUAGGAGUGACGUUACCUUCUGCGAUCCCGGUUUUGGCCACGACCACUACAACGGCAGCAACGACAACCACUACAAGCGCAGCAACGACCACCACCACAAAAGGAUCGGUCAGCACGGUGACUUUCAGCGUUAAUGGAUACACAAUAACCGUAGACGCAAGUGACCAAGCAACAAUAAAUGCCAUAAAUCAGGCGCUGCAGAACGCAGCCUCCACAACCACUGUCGCCGGAACCACCACAACCUCGACUGCUGCUCCAACAACCUCAACAAGCACGGCGGCACCAACAACAACAAGCACGGUAGCACCAACAACCUCAACAAGCACGGCGGCACCAACAACCACAUCAACAACGGCAGCACCAACAACCCUGGCGAGUACCACGACGGCCGCUCCAAUCUCGAUUAACAUCAACAUUUCGAUCACUCUGAACGGAAGCAUCGUGGUAGUGGGAUCCAACGAUUCGUCCUUGCUGACUUUGCUGAUGCAGGUAUUGGCCGAACUAGGAUCUACCACUUCGACCGUCUCUAGCACUUCGACAACCUCCACCACUAAAGCGCCUACGACAACGUCCAGUGUGGCCGCCACCACAACUCAUUCUGCUGCUGCUGCUGGGUGUGGCGGAGGCAUCGCUAUCGGCGGAGGAAUUGGUAUCGGUGGUCUGGGUGGCGGCUUGCUGGGAAUCGGGGGAGGCUUACGCAUCGGUGUUCCGAUCGCACCGAUCGCUCCGAUCGCACCAAUUGCUCCGAUCGCACCGAUCGCACCAAUCGUUCCGAUCCUUGCGCCAGUUGUCAACACCGUGGGUCUCUUGGCGCAACCCGUAGUACGUGCAGCCGGCUCGAUAGUGAACGGGAUUGGCCAAGGGAUCAGCAACAUAGUUGGUGGAAUCGCCAAUGUGGCCGGCUCCAUCCUGGCACCUCUUACGACCGGUCUCGGGGCAGGGCUUGGCGCAGCAAGUUCUGCUGCUGUAUCCGGCGGAGGGGGUUUGUCUCUGCAGGCCGGGCUUGGCGCUGGUAUCGGAGCUGGCGCAGGAGGCUUGCAGGCAGGCCUGGGACUUAGGGGUGGCCUAGCGAUUGGGGGCUGA